GUCAGGCAGUCAAUUCUUAUAAUUCCCUGUCCAUGUCACCAGAGGGGAUCCUGUUGACCAUUUGGCAAUAGGGAGACUCAUGCCCAGGUGCAAGAAAGAACUUGUUCAGCUUCAAACUGCUAUACAGUAAUUAGCAGUUCACGUUCUGGGGGCUUAAACCAAGCCAAGUCUGUGUGGGAGGAAGGUUUUCACAUUCUGCAGACUCUGCCAGCAGCGCUGAUGGCCCCGGGGGCCCUCCCACUCUGUUUUCUGGUUACAAAGGUGGCAAAUCCAGGGCACCAUGCGUGGGUCAAGCCACAGCCUCCUCUCCAGUCCCGGGGGACCCAUACCCCACGGCCCCACCCUGCUUGCAGAGUGGGGUGCUGCUGACCACCUUUUCAAUGUUGUCAGGGCUCAAAGGGUUGUUUUCUGUGUGGAACCAGACCAGGACGGAUCACUGAAGACAGCAGCUCGGGCCAGGGAGUCUGAGGUGGAGAUGCAGGGCCGAUGCCUGUGUCUUCCAGUUCAGAUGAAGGCUUGGCUUUGGCUUCCGUUCCCAUGGCCUCCUGUCACCCAGGCGCCUCUCCAGGGUGGACACAACCCACGUUCCCACAGGAGUGAAUGGGCUCCCAACCCUGCCUGUGAUCCACAGGCGGCGCGGGAACCCAGUCUGCCAAGGGUGCCCCAGUCUAGCACAGUGCCCUUCCAGGGCUGGCGACGGUGGUGAUGUUGGCCUGUGCCUGUUGUAGAGGUGACGACACGGAGCCCCACACCGUCAAGUCGGGACUCAGGAUGGGCUGGCCCGCUUCAGCCCUCAGCUCCUCUGGGCCUGCUGUCCCUGUCCUCACAGCCAUGGAGUUACGCCUCACGGGGUGGGGGAUGGGGCUUCUGGCAGCAUCUGGAGAUGCUGGCGUCCGUGUGGGGGACACCUGGACCCCGAUGCCACGUCUGCCUUGCCUGGGGUCACCUGGACCCAGGGAUGCUUCUGGUCCUGGUCCCUACACUCUCACGUCUCCUCGCCCUGGUGUGAGAGGUGUUCUUCGCAUCCCGGGACACCUUGGGGACCAGCCGUUCCCCUUGGGACAGCUCUCCAGGAGGCCGUGCUGCCCAGCACAGAGCCCUACUCAGACAGUGGGAGCAGAGGUGGUGUGGGAGAGGGGCUCAGGGGGUCCACGUCUGCACUGUGUUCUGCCACUCAGCUCUGCCUCUUCUCACCCUUUCACUUGUCUUCCUCUUCCUUUCCCCUCUCUGUCUUCCUUCCUUUCUUUUUUUUUUAGGCAGCAGGUCUCUCUCUCUAGCAGGUAAUCCAGGCCAGCCUCAAGUUUGAGAUCCUCCCGCCUCAGCCUCCUGAGUGCUGGGAUUAUGGGUGUGCACCACCACACCCCACCAUGUCUAGCCCUUAAUUUUUGAAGUGGUUUCCAACUCAGAAAAGUUGCAGGAAUCUGAAGCCCCCUGCUCACCCUUCAUCCAAGAUGAACAGGCAGCCUGCUGCCCCCACCACACACACACACACACACACGGACCACCAUUUACCUGCUGAACCACUGGAGAGUUACAUGGCAGGGUUACUGGGCGCUGACCACAGACAUAUCAGGAUGUCUGAAGACCUCAGGACUUCAGGACCGUCCCAGAUGAAACACAACAGUGAUUUUGACCCCAUGUGUCCCCAGGAGUCAGCACUGCUUUGGCCAGUUGGUUACCUUCUGGACAGACGUAAAUGUGCAGCAAACUCCACCUUCUGGCUCGGGGAAACCCUCCGCCUGGCUCGCUGGCUGUUGCUCCUGAGCUGUUGAACCAUGGGGUCCAGAACCGGUGGCCUGUGAGGCCUGCAGCGCUGGGCCUCAGCUCUGUUGCUGGGCUGAAGCCAGCUUUCCUCUUCCAGAGCUCAUGCAUGGCAGGCCCGCAGCGGCGCCAACAUGGGGCUUAAGCUGUCCUGCCUGAAAGGCUUCAAGACGUGCGUCAGCACCAGCGGCAGCCACGAUGAGGCCCCUGUGCUGAGCGGCAAGCACCUGGAUGUGCCCAACAUUGUCAUCACACCCCCGACGCCCACGGGCACCGUGCUGCCCAGGGACUGCAGGUGCGCAGCUGCUUCAGAGGGAACCGCCCUUCCGGCCGCAGAGGACACAGGACACUCACCAGACGUCCAGGGCCGGCCUCACAGGCUGCGCUCGGUUUCCUGUCCUGUCCUUGCACCCCGAUCCGCGCCGGGCCCUGAGGAUGCAACGCUGUCCGCACCUGCAGCCAGAGGGAAGUGUGCUCUGCAGUCUCAGCUGUCGCCUCUGCCUGCAAUGGCGGCGUAGCCCCAGGGUGGUGCUGCCCACCCUGCACCUAGCUGUCCUCUCCCAGCUGUACCCUCUCCGCCCUCCAAGGACCUCCGCUGGGACCCUUUGGCUCCUGGCUCCUGCACCCUGGCCACCUUGGUCUCCAGGUUGCCAUGGAGGCAGCACCUGCAGGUGAUGUCACUGCCAGCUGAGCCCCGUGGGACCACCCGGGGACAGCAGCCACCAACCCCGGGCGCUGCUGGGCCACGCUGGCUGCUGCUCCUGGGUCCACCCGCGGGUUCGCCUUUCCUCCCCUCGCACUUGGUGUAAACGGAGACACGCGUUCCCGCUUCGGUCUGGGGCUGCUGGGGCUGGGCGCACAGGCCGAGGGGUCCCCGUCUCCCAGCUCUGCUCAGCUGCCUGCCCUUCUCAUCGCACUCCGAGCCCAGGCUUUUAGUGCCCAUGGCAACAGGCCCCGGCUCGCUGGCGGCGGCGGCGGCGGCCUGCGGGGCUGCACAGCCAGAUUUCCCUGCCUGGCUUCCUGGGGGCGAGCUGAGCGAGAGUCCUGGCCGGGCUUCUACCCCACAGCUGCACGUCCAGACUCCUGCAGCCAGAGGUGGCGCCCCUCAGGAGGACCCUGCCCAGUCCCCACACCCAGCGCGGCUCCCGAAGGCCCUGCGUGCUCCUGCGUGGGUGGGAUGAGAGCCCUGGCGCCCCUCUCAGGAGCCAGGAGAUGAGGGCAGAGCGAGGGCCAUCUGGAACGCCUUUGUGCGUGUGACGGCGGCCUCCCUGAGCCUUCCCUCCGCCUGUAACGUGGGCCGCACAGGGCACACAGACGCCGAGGUAGGCAGCCCCCGCCUCUCUGGGCCUCGGUUCCCAUUUAAUGAGCUCACCGAGCUCUGGAGCCCCACGGAUGGAUGCACGAUAGUCGGAGCCUGCAGCAUCCUCACUCCUCGAAGCCCCAUGUCAGCGCCACCGGGGAUCAAGCCCACGACACCCAAAAGCCUUGGGCAACACUUCCUGUCCACACCAUGACGCACGUCUCAGUGGGGAUGGGGUCCCAACUUAAGUCCUGAGUCAUGAGUCUGCAGUACUUUUCUCUUUGUGUGUGUGAGAGAGAUACUGGGGAUUGAACCAGGGGCUGCAUCCCAGCCAUAAUUGUUGUUAUUGUGAGACAGGGUCUUACUAAAUUGCCCAGGCUGGACUCCAACUUGUGUCCUCCUGCCUCAGCCUCCUGAGUUUCUUUCUUUCUGACCUUUCUUUCUUUCAUGUGUUUGUGGUGCUGAGAUGGAAUGCAGG